CCGCCGCUGGCAGGAAGUUGGAGAGGGAGCAGUUCGGCGCCGGGGCUGCUCCGGCCGGGGCCGGGGGUGGGCGAGGGCUGAGGCUGCUUCCUCUCGGUGCGGGGGACCCUGCCAUGGGGACGUAGCGGGCCGCGGAGCCAUGCGCGGCCCGGCGCUGCCCGGCAGCUCGCUGGGGACGGUUAUCCUAAUAUUUGUCGGUGUGUUGACAAAGGAAUCCGUAGAAAUUGCUCCAGUGCCAUACACAUUGCAAGUCCAUCGGGUAGCUUGGAAUGGAAGACACCCCUCUAACCCCUUGAGGAGAGAAAGGAGGCAGGUGCAGUGUCAACUAGGACAAUACCUACAUCCCACAGAGACCCACUGUUGCAUGAGAUGCCAUGCAGGUACCUACAAGGCAAAAGACUGUGAUCGGCCUGACCAGGCACCUGUCUGUCUUCCAUGUGCUAAUGGCACAUUCACAGCUGUUGAUAACACAAUGUCUAAAUGCUUCCAGUGUACACGCUGCCGUACAGAAUUCCAACAGAUAGUAGAGACCCCCUGUACCCCAAAGCAAGAUACUGUAUGCGGCUGUCGGAAGAAUCAAUAUCAGAGUGGCCUGCCUGAUCUCUUCGAGUGUAGAAACUGCAGCUCAUGUGCCAAUGGGGUUAUUGCCAACUGUUCAAAGAACAGAGACACAAUCUGCAGGUGUAAGCCUCGGUUCUUCCUGACGCUUAGUAACGUCUGCAAGCCUUGCAACAGCUGCACUGGAGAAGAAUGCUUGCAGUGUCAUAGCCCAGUGACUACCUCACCAACUUCGACUGGGCCCAAUGAGAGCCUUGUCCUUGGCAUCAUCGUUGCAAUAUUUGGAGUUAUCUCUGUCCUCUACGUUGUAAAUAAAGUACUGAAGCUGGUCCAAGGAAAUGGGAUAGCAUCGUCUUUCUACACCUGUGUUUCUUUGCCACAGAUAACCAAGGAGCCAGUAUCUGAGGUUGAGGUAAAAAGAAGUGAAAUUUCCACCCUUGUUCCUGAGUCUCAGAAGGAAGCAGAAUUGUCAGUGAAUGCAGCACCUCCACCUGCACCUCUGCUGCAAAGUUCACAGGAGUUACCGGACUGCGUCAGACCUGCGAGAAGGACACAGCUUCCAGACAAUCCUGCUAUUCUCUACACUGUGGUGGAUCACGUACCACCAUCUCGGUGGAAAGAGUUUGUGAGGCGUCUGGGUUUGAGUGACUAUGAUCUAGAGCGAAUUGAGAUGGAGCAUCGACGUUUACGAGAUGCCCAGUAUGAAAUGCUUAGACUGUGGAAACUGCAGCUGGGUCACGCUGCAACUGUGGAGCACAUCAGCUGUGUCCUCAACCAGAUGGAGCUGAGUGGCUGCAGUGAAGCUGUUCAAGAGGCUUUGCUAAACCAGAACUCUGUGCAACCUUGCAGCCUCCACAGCCGUCUUUAAUCUGUUCCUGCUUUGGUUGCCCUUGCUGUUAAGAGAGGAUCAUAGCUCCCUCCCUUUCCUGUCUUCCUUUUCCUGUACCUCCCUAUCUUACUAAUACUGCAUAACUGGUUUUGUUGGAGACAGCAGCAGAUGAUCCUGGGGGAAGGCUGAGGUUUCCUUCUCAACCGCUGUGUACUUCAGCAUCUCUAAACCGACACAGGCCUCUGUAACAACUCCUUUCACAAAGAGGGAAAGCACCUUAUAAAGGAAGUGGUGUGUGGACUCUGACCAAGAUGAAACAGGAGCUCAGAGUGACUUGGUAGAUCGUGUACUCACGGACAAGUUGUUGCUGAAGCAGGUGCUCCACCCAUCAUGCAGUGGAUAAAAUUGUAGGGUGACUUGGUUAAGCUGGCUGUCCAGAUGGUAAAGUCCUCGCUCACUUUUUGCAGAUCUUUUUUUGUGCGAGAUCAGACAGUUGAACUGGCUCACAUUGCAGCCUUUUGAUAGCUAUAUCUGACUCAAGGGAGGUGGUGGAAGGACGUGCCUAUUUCUGGGAGCAGGAGAGGAUUGCCCCCUUUCGGUAUCAACUAGUUAUCGCUCUGGCAAAAGAGUCGUGGAGAUUCAGAAGCGGUGGCUCCAUGAGAAACGGGAGGAUGUUACCAUUUCUACGCCCCCGUUUCCCUCAGGUGCAAGAGGAAUGAGGAUUCAGUGGUUCUGUGAGAACCAGAAGGAUGUUAUCUUUUCCUUUCCACACCCCCAUUUCCCUCAGGUUCAAAAGGAAUAAGGAUUCCAAUCCAGUGAGUCAGAUGAGAGGGUUGGUGCUUUUUUUUUUUCCUCCAAGUUUUUUCUUGUACCUAGGAACCAUGUAAGUAGCAUUAACAAAACACCUGCCUCUGCAUGUUUGUCCAAGCGCAGAGGGGAAAGGAAUGCGUGCGUCUGGGUGAGAAGGUACCUGUGUAUCCAGUAGCAUGAGUGCCUCUGCAAAUCUGUGCUUGCACACGGGUCAGUAGGCUUGUGUCUACCUGCUUAUGUACCUAUGAACGAUUUGCUGAAUCUGGUUAAACUGCAAAUGGGACUGUGUAUGUGUACAUAUAUAUUGUAUGUAUAUACAUAUUUUUUAGCAACUGUUGAAUAACUUCACACUACUUCCUGGACUGUGUUCUGUGAUGGCUACUUGGGUGUGAGAGCCAUUCGGUACCAUCUUGAGGCUCUCACCAUCGCUUUCCCAUGGGUGUUCCCACGGGUGAAGAAGUAGCAAAAAUCACUUUGCCUGCACCUGUCCACACAUUUGUAACGUGGAUUUUUUUUUCUCUCUCAUUUUUUGACCAGAAAGAGAGAAACUUUGUAUUGUAAAUACACUAAUGUUCUGAAUUAAAAUUCAUAUUUUUA